GGUCCGCUCACAACGACAUCUGAUAUUUUGGGGAGAGGCCAGCUUUGGGGCUGUUGUGAGGUUUAAAAGGCAAUGGAGUUUCUCUUCAUCUUGCCCCAGAGGGCUGGAGAAUGGACGUAACAGCCACAAAGUAGCUCUUCAGGACAACCAGUUGGAGCCAUUAAACAAUUAAAAAAACCCCACCACCUUUUGGCGAAAUCCAAAAUCUAUCAGAGUAAAUAUUCUAGGAAUUUAGUCGUGAGCUGAAGGAUUUGUCAUGAUUUCAUCACAGUGAAUUUUCCCCUACAAGACUAUAAAUGCCUUGUAUUGAUGAGAGGUUCAGCAUUCGUGAACUGAAAGGGACUAGUGCAGCUUUUGUAUCUGCCUGAUUUGCAUUCCCGGGAACUGUCAUAAACUCGAAAGGGGAGGAGAUUCCAGAAGAUCCUGGCACUUAGAAUGAGAUCACUUGAAACUGUGCUGCUGUUGCUAGUCAGCACUGUGCUGGGCUUGGGGGUCACCAUGCUGCACGCAGCCCCCCUGCCCGAGUUCUCUGGGGACCAAGAUUUCCAGCAGUUCCUGCAGAAGGACCUGGAAUACAUCCGCAAAAUCAAAGGGGACGUGGCCCGGCUGCAGGAGCUCAUGUGUUCGACCUUUCAACUGUGCAGUGAGGACGAGCUCCUGCUUGUCAAGCAGAAACUGGGCAUCACCCAAGCGCCGCUGGACCAGUGCCACAGCAAGACCUUCCAAGUGAUGGAAGACCUGGGGCUGAACACGGUGACGUACCCCGUGGCCGAGGGCCAGGGCCCCCUGCCCAGCUUCUCCUCCGACUUCGAGAAACAAGCCAGCGGAUUCAUCAUCCUCGCCAACUUCCAGCGCUUCCUGGAGAUGGCCCUCCGGGCCCUCCGGCACCUCACGCAGCUGUGACGGGGACGCGCCACGGCCGCCUUCCCCGCAUCGGCGCCUGCGGAGGGGCUGGGCUUUGAGAUCUAAGGGAGGGCUGCACGGGGGGCAAGGACCGUCCCUCGAUUCCUCCUUAUGCCCAAAGCCCUCCCCAGCGAACCACCACUCUGCAAAGCAACCACCCACCUUCCCAGCUACGGGACUGGGUGGGCUUGGGCCGGGUCUCUCUCUGAGUGACCUGACAGCUGGCAUGAAAAACUGGGACAGGCUGGGCGGUCAGAGGCGCCUAGUUACGACUAAGUCCCGAACUCUGAGUCUGCCCCAAUGAAUUCAGGACCUCGGGUCCCAUUGAGCUAUUUUAAGGUUAUUUAUUUCUCAUCUGUGAGCUCCGCCCGGCUGGUGCAUCCCCGCACACGACCCCGCAGCAAACACCGCCAGAGCCCACAGAUGAGAAAUUAUUAUUUAAUAUUUAUGGCUAUUUAAUAUUUAUAGGGGCUUGGGACCUGGGGGCGGAUGUCUUCCACGGUGGAUGUUUGAGGUCACAAUCCCUUUCCUGUCUAGCGAGUCCCGGGCAUCUGCGCUGAUUGUUGGGAGCCGGCAGGCAGCCGGCUCGGGGCUGCUGGUGCUGCAUAUUGAUAUAUGUGUGCAAUGGCGUUACUGUUUAAUAUUUAAACAAAUGAGCAUAUGCAGGACCGGCCGCUUGCUGUUUGGUAGCCAGACUGAGCUCUUGAGUACCAGCUCUGGCCCAAGUCCCUGUGGGAUCUUGGGCAACCACUUGUGCCUCGGUUUCCCCAUAUGUCAAAUGGGGGAUGCUGAUGUUUACCUACCUCACAAAGCUGGUGUGAGGCUUAAUUUUUUUUCCUGGCCAGCUGAGGGCAAGCGAGUAGGCUGGCAGAGCCACCUGCUGAGAGGGGAUUGCUGGGAGUGAUCAGCUCCUUGAGCGUAGAGAAACCUUUACUCUGCCAAACCCCCCAUUUGCCCUCAAUGAGCUCUAGCUCAGGCCCCAAGCAUUCACCUGGUGUAGCCCGCGGCCCAAGCCACGUCCCUCCUUCUUAUACCUGGGAGGUGGGGCAAGUAGCGGGCUCCCAGCUCUCCUACAGACUACCUGCAUGCCCACAGGCAUGUCCCUUCCCUGAUCCCUGCCUCAGUUUCCCCCUCCACACAAGUGGGUAAUCCCCAGAUGAAUACACUUUAAAAGUAUUUUCCUUCCUGGCUUGUGGCCAGCGCAGGGCCAGAAUUGGCUAGCAUUGUUUUUGUUAAUAGUCUAGUGCAGAUAUGCAAAACUAAUUAUUAUUUAACAGCCCGGCAGGAGGGCAGGCUCCUUAAUUAGCAAAGUCCUUAUUGGGGUAGUGGCCAUUCUCACUGAAGGCCAGGGAGGUCUCUAGCUCUUCCUCCAAGAAAACAAGAGAGGGCUGUUGUGAAUGCGACUUUCCUGUAACUAUUUUUAUAUUAUUUUUAUAUAUUUAUAUUUUCGACGUGCACAAUCGUCC